CUCAACUCUGAGUUGACUUUCUAUACGGCUGUAGGAUUAAAUAAUGUCAGAUUUACACGUCAAGCGUGGCUAAUGCUUGUUUAAAGCGAAUUACAAACCAGUUGUUUAGUCUGUUAGCGUAUGUGUUAGCUGGAGGGCUCUUACAGCUUAUGGCAGCAAGGGCUGGAGGAAGUAACGUUUAGACCACAAUAAAGUUUAAAGAUGACUUCUUGGAGUGAUCGACUUCAAAACUACUCAGAACUUCCUGCCAACAUGGAUGGCUUAUCUAUGAAGAAGUACAGACGAGAAGCCUAUCACAGCUUACCACGGGAACUGGCCCAAUGUCAUCCUGCUAUGAGAGUAUUUGUUAACAGAAGUUUGGCAAUGGAGAAGAUUAAAUGCUUCGGCUUUGACAUGGAUUAUACUCUAGCAGUGUAUAAGUCUCCUGAGUAUGAAUCUCUAGGAUUUGACCUGACAGUGGAGAGGUUGGUUUCCAUUGGUUAUCCACAAGAGCUUCUAAAUUUUGUCUAUGACUCUACCUUUCCAACCAGGGGCCUGGUAUUUGAUACAUUAUAUGGUAAUCUGUUGAAAGUAGAUGCCUAUGGCAAUAUUUUGGUAUGUGCCCAUGGGUUUAACUUCAUGCGUGGGCCAGAGACUAGAGAACUAUAUCCGAAUAAAUUCAUCCAGCGUGGUGAUACAGACCGAUUCUACAUCCUUAAUACACUGUUUAACCUCCCAGAGACGUACCUUUUUGCCUGCUUGGUUGAUUUCUUCACCAGCUGCUCCAGAUACACUAGCUGUGUGAAUGGCUUUAAGGAUGGUGAUCUCUUCAUGUCUUUCAAGAGCAUGUUCCAGGAUGUCAGAGAUGCAGUUGACUGGGUCCAUUUCAAGGGUUCACUAAAAGAGAAGACUGUUGAAAACUUAGAGAAAUAUGUGGUGAAAGAUGCCAAGUUGCCUUUGCUUCUUAGUCGCAUGAAUGAAGUUUCCAAAGUUUUCUUGGUCACUAACAGUGACUACAAGUACACUGAUAAAAUUAUGACAUAUCUGUUCGACCUCGCUCAUGGUCCAAAAGUUGGCACACCUCAUCGGCCUUGGCAAUCCUACUUUGACCUCAUUCUGGUUGAUGCCAGGAAGCCUGUGUUUUUUGGGGAGGGCACAGUCCUGAGACAAGUUGAUACAACCACUGGGAGACUAAAGAUUGGGACCUACACAGGGCCACUGCAGCAUGGCAUAGUGUACUCUGGUGGAUCCUCAGACAUUGUGUGUGAUCUAUUGGGGGCUAAAGGGAAAGACAUCUUGUAUAUUGGUGACCACAUUUUUGGUGACAUCCUUAAAUCUAAGAAGCGUCAGGGAUGGAGAACGUUCCUUGUGAUUCCAGAGUUGGCUCAAGAGCUGCAUGUGUGGACGGACAAGAGUUCUCUUUUUGAGGAACUGCAGGGUCUGGAUAUUUUUCUAGCAGAACUCUACAAGCAUUUGGACAGCAGCAGUAACGAGAGACCCGACAUUAGUUCACUUCAGAGGCGGAUAAAGAAAGUAACUCAUGACAUGGACAUGUGCUAUGGGAUGAUGGGGAGUCUGUUCCGCAGUGGCUCUCGGCAGACCCUGUUUGCUUCGCAGGUGAUGCGCUAUGCUGACCUAUAUGCUGCCUCCUUCAUCAACCUACUGUAUUACCCCUUCAGCUACCUGUUCAGAGCUGCACAUGUGCUGAUGCCACACGAGUCCACUGUAGAGCACACUCAAGUGGAGAUCAAUGAUUUAGAAUCUCCAAUGGCAACACGCAACCGCUACUCUGUGGACUACAGAGAACACGAGUGUAAGAAACACCAGCUGACCCGCUCCAUCAGCGAGAUUCAGCCUCCUCAUCUGUUUCCGCAGACACCACAGGAAAUCACACACUGCCACGAUGAGGACGAUGAUGAGGAAGAGGAGGAAGAGUAAGAGUACAAAGGCCGUAAUGUAACUGGUCUUUGAGGACCUACAACCUAUCAAGAAAUCUGUAUAUCAUGGCUUUUAUAAUUCACAAACCAUUUUUUUUUUCUUUAUCUUCUGUUUUUCUUUUUUCCCCCCCAGUUUAUAAUUUUUUGUUAGAGUUUUAGUAAAGCUAAGAAGCUUUGAGGGUGCCUUCUGUUGUUUAGGCAAUCUUAUGUAUCUGGGUCACCUUGUAACCCACAGUGUGACCAUCUGAGCAGUUUCCUCUUAUUGCCUUAAGGCCGAGACGGCAGUAUCAGCCUGCUUUCUUAAAUCGCUGGAAACGGCGACUCAUUUUUGUUACCCGUUACCAUGACUUUGCAUGAUAUUAAGGGAACAAACAUAUUUGCCUUACAGGAUUUGCAUUUUUAAGCAGAAAAUAUGUGCAUGCAAUGGCCUUACCUUUCAUGUGGCAGGUUCCCUUCAAAGUGACUCCAUACUGUAUGACGGGAACUGUACCUCUCAUUACAGUACUGCAUCUCUCAUUAACCAAAGCUGACUAUAACUAAUGUUUAGUAAAACGCCACACUUUCAAACUUUAUUUGCCAGGAACUGUUUGCUCAUAAUGUGUUAAAACAAUACAUUGAAUAAUUGAGCUGUUGCAACAUAGAAUUGAGUAAACCUUUUGUUGUUUUCACUGUAAUAAAUGGAAUAUGCAUACACGGUUUUAGAGAGCACAGAAACUCCUGUACUAUGCAUUUGUCUUGAAUGCAACCAAAGGGAUUGAAUUACUCGACCUGCACACGGAGGGCAGCGGCAUUAAUAUUAAUCUCAGAGAAUUUGGAGAGUUUUACCGCCUCACCUGCUGUAAAGUAGUAUGUAAACUAGUAAACUCAAAGAAUAAUAAUCUGGAUCACUUGUCCAGACACGGAUUCCCAGAUCAGCUAUUUUCAUUACAGAUUUACAAUAUAUUUUUUUGCAAAAUGAAUAUAUUCCUUUUAAUGUUUUCUUUGUUUUGAUCUGAAACUUGAGCACUGUUGUUUGACUGAAUUUUAUUGUUGUUUUUUUUUCUUUAGAUUAUUAUUAUUAUUAUUAUUAUUAUUAUUAUUAUUAUUAGAUUUAUUGUUUGCCUGCUACUAAUUGACAAACGGGUCCAUUUCUAAAAAUAGAUUGCGACUUGUAAUCAUGUGCUUCAGGGAAGCAGUUCUUCUUGAUUAAUUCAUGGUAAUUUGUGGUUUCUCCACCAAUGUCCUGCUUUGACUCGAGCACUCAGCCCACACUGAGUACUGCCUUUUAUUUAAUUACAUGUAGACGUUAAAUCGUGUAAUACAAUCAGUUAUGGCAUCGCCGAUUGGUAAUUCUGCUGUUUAAAUUUAAUUUGAAUGCAGAAAAAGCAUAUAGAUUAUUGCCCUAAUAUAAAACAGUUUGCUUUUAACAUGCUGCAAUAAUGUACUGUGCAUAAUAUAUCCUUGUCAUCUAAAUGCAUGUUCUAUAGACACUUUUGAAAAGGGUCAAAAGUCUCAGUAUUAUAUAUAUAUAUAUAUAUAUAUAUAUAUAUAUAUAUAUAUAUAUAUAUAUAUAUAUAUAAUAAAAAUAAAACGGUUAAUUUUGUUCGAUUGUUUGCACAAGCAGAUGGUGCAGGAGUAAUCUGUACCCAGAGUGCUUUCUUUAAAUGGCUGUGUUCAGAAACCACAUUUGUUUGUAAAUAGUUUGGGUUGUAGUGCAUAUGUUUUCUUUGAGUUGUCUUCAACCUUGUCUGUUUUUUUGUUUGUCUUUUUUUUUUUUUUUUUUUUUUAAAGCAAUGGAUUCAAGUCACUUUUCUCCCAGUUUUGUUUAUUUUUAAUAACAUGUGGGUUUAAGAUGCUUUUAACAGAUGCUGCUUAUUCAUUAGCAUGUUACUGAUUGUGCAAAACUUUUACUGUGCAAGUCCUCAUUGGUGUGCCUACAGAGAUAAUACAAGGUCAUGCUUCAGUGAUUAACAAGCACAUUAGCCCCUUUCCAGACAGCAGUAUCACCUUGAGUGUGUCAUGGAAACAGCUAUAUAUUAUGGGGAAAAGGCAGCAUGUUUACAGCAUUAAAUGAGUGACGCACAUGUAAAACGUUGAAAGCUUAGACUGCAUGCAUCCGCCUUCCACACUGAAAAUGGGCUUUAACCAGAACACGGUCACACAUGCGCUUGAAUAGUCUUGAAUUUUGAUUUUGUCAUUUGGCCUUGCACUAAAAUACGCAACCCGAGUGCGUUGGUGUUUAAAAAGCAGUAAACACAGGUAAAAUCAUGCAAACAAACCAAAACAAAAAACCUGUUUAUUGCGGUUUGUGUUCUAUUUUGCCUUAUUUACAGUUUUAAUAAUGAAAAACAAAUGCAGGAUAACAUUCUGUAAUUUUACUGCUAAAAUAAAGAUUGUUUUUGUGAUCAA